AUGGCCUCCGCCGGCAAGCCUCCGCUGGAUGAUUCCCGUCGCACGACCGGAUCGCCGAAAAUGAAGACCCGAGAGAAUGCGAAAGAUACAUUAUGCCGUAACGUAACCAUAUACGGCCGUUGUCGAUAUGAAGACAAAGGUAUUUAUCCCACGAAAAGCGAUGAUUGUGGCCGUUAUUCAAGAGCGUGGAGGUCUGACUUGGGUUCUCUCUCAGGCUGCGCAUUCAAUCACGACCCUCUGAAAGUCAACGCUGCAAAUCAAGCUGAAAACAAGAAACGAUUCAACGUCGACUCGCCGAGCUUUACCCCCUCCCUCCUAUCUGGCAAUGGCACUUCUGCGCCAAAGAAGUCCACCACCAUCUCCCCGAAGGCUGCGAGCGCCGCUCCCUUCCAGCCCAGGGUUGCGGCAUCAUCACGCUCCAACACGAGUACUCCGACGGCACGACAAGAAGUAGGAACUCCCGACUGGACCGUAGCUGAUGUACAAGAAUUCGUCCCUCAGGGCUUUGAAGGCGCUCACGUGGGCCCUCUUCAAGGCAACGGGAAUGGAAUCACGAGUCCGGGCGCCUUUGACCCGUUCGUCACAGCUUCCACACCCCUCACUGCCGCAGGAGCCGUUGGCCCAGUCUCGGCCAACCCAUAUGCUCAUGACCCGACUGCUGCACUCGGAGGAGGCGCAUUCUUUGCGAACCAAGGGGGCUUCCAGCAGCCGGUCCAAUAUCACCUCUAUGCCCCAAUUGGCCCUCAUAACCAGAACACCCUAGGCUAUCAGCGAAACGUUCACGACCUCUUCCUCCCUAAUGACUUCCGAGAAGAACUCCAGAAGAAGGCGGCAGCUACCCUUCAAACCCUCCCCAACACAACACUCCCCGCCCAGGUUGACUACUUCCACUCACUCGUACCGUUGGAUCUCAGCCACCAGAAGAAUGCUGCAACCUUUGGUUACCCAAGCUGGGUUUACAAAGCGCAAUCUAGCAAAGACGGCAAUUUCUACGCACUGCGAAGACUUGAAGGGUUCCGUUUGACCAACGAAAAGGCAAUCCGGUCCGUCCAGGCGUGGAAGCGCGUUUGCAACGGGAGCGUUGUGACUGUCCACGAUGCGUUUACCAGCCGCAGUUUCCAAGACAGCUCCCUCAUCUUCGUCACUGACUACCACCCGCUGUCCAAGACUCUCGCCGAACAACAUUUGGGCGCCGGAAACCGUUUCCAAGGUCGCCAAAACAAUACUCACAUCCCCGAGCAGGUCCUCUGGGGCUACAUGACGCAGAUUGCGAAUGCACUCAAGUCUAUCCACACCAACGGCCUCGCUGCUCGUGUGCUGGAGGCCAGCAAAGUCCUGCUGACGGGCAAGAACCGCAUCCGCUUGAAUGCCUGCGCUGUCUUGGAUGUAGUUCAAUAUGACUCGCAGCGGACCGUGGCGGACCUCCAACGGCAGGAUCUAGUCAAUUUCGGGCAAUUGAUCGUCACUCUAGGUGCCAACUCGCCCAAUGUCAUGCAUAACCCCACCAAAGCGAUGGAGCAUUUCACUCGCGCGUACAGCCCUCAAAUGAAGAACUCUGUCUUCUGGCUGUUGAACGGGUUGCAGAAAGACCAGGAGCGGACCAUUGACCUCUUUAUUACUGGCAUCUCCUCCCAGCUUAUGUCCACCUUUGACUCGGCUCUCCAUCUGGAUGAUCAACUCACAUCAGACCUCAGCCGCGAACUCGAGAACGGACGUCUGGUGCGCCUGAUGACCAAAUUGAACUUUAUUAACGAGCGCCCCGAAUAUGAGCACGACCGACAGUGGGCCGAGAAUGGAGAGCGUUACUUCCUGAAGAUCUUCCGAGACUACGUCUUCCACCAAGUCGAUGCCUCUGGGGAUGCCGUUGUCGACCUCGGACAUGUACUCACUUGCCUGAACAAGCUCGAUGCCGGGUCUGAUGAGAAGAUUACCCUUGUGAGCCGCGAUGAGCAGAGCUGCUUCAUUGUCAGCUACAAGGAGGUUAAGAAGGCCUUGGAGUCGUCAUUCCAGGCCCUCAUGAAGCCGACCAGAAGGAUGCAUUAA